AAUACAGUGUAGCAACAAACCUUUCCGGAAAUAACAUAUGUUUGAGUCAAUGCGGUCCCAAACUUUCAAGUCAAGAUCGAGACCGGCCAUUUUACAAUACCCUGUUGUUGGAUUAUUCAUAUUUCAAAAUUAAAUUUGUAAUUAAUGUCAGAACCACAGUCAGCUCUCCUAUUAAGAAAACAGCUAGCAGAAUUAAACAAAAAUCCUGUAGAGGGUUUUUCUGCAGGCCUUAUAGAUGAUAACGAUAUUUACCGAUGGGAAGUACUGAUAAUAGGUCCUCCGGAUACCCUCUACGAAGGAGGAUUCUUCAAAUGUCACCUAUAUUUUCCAAAAGAAUAUCCAUUGAGGCCGCCUAAAAUGAAAUUUGUUACAGAAAUUUGGCAUCCCAACAUUGAUAAAAAUGGUGAUGUUUGUAUUUCAAUACUCCACGAGCCCGGAGACGACAAAUUCGGUUAUGAAAAAGCCUCGGAAAGGUGGUUACCAGUACAUACAGUAGAAACUAUUUUAAUAUCAGUUAUAUCAAUGUUAGCCGAUCCUAAUGAUGAAUCACCUGCCAAUGUCGAUGCCGCGAAAGAAUGGAGGGAAUCAUAUUCGGAAUUCAAACGGAAAGUAGCGAGAUGCGUCCGGAAGUCACAGGAACAAGAGGAAUGUUAGUAUAAUGACUGUGUAUUAAAAUUAUAAACAAUUAAUUAAUAAAAAAACAAACAUCUUA